GCACUGCCAGUCCUCUUAUCUCCCAUAGCACUCCCCCUGCCCCCACCUGGCACCAGACGGACCUUGGACUCGGUCAAUGGCUCACCCUCCUUUACCCCCCCCUCACCCCGCCUCCGGCAACCCUGGUUAGUUCCUCAUGUUAAAAGUGCUGUUCUGGCAGCUUCUGUCUCUUUAUUCUUAAACUGGCGUGGGGAUAAGACGACAGAGCAGGAGGAGGAACUGCGCUGUGGACUCUAUGGCCAAGACCACCCGCUACGAGGCGACUCCUCAGGAUGAGCUGCCGGCCACCUCAGUACCCAACGGGACCUCAAAUUCCUCCUCCCGCCAGCCCCCCGAGGACUCCUCCGGCAAGUCUCCCGACGACUCCAUGAAGCUGAAGAAGGAAAUCUCCCUGAUCAACGGGGUCUGCUUGAUCGUGGGCAACAUGAUCGGCUCGGGCAUCUUCGUUUCUCCCAAGGGUGUGCUGAUGUACAGUGACUCGUACGGCCUCUCCCUUGUGGUCUGGGCCAUUGGGGGGCUGUUCUCUGUCUUUGGGGCCCUGUGCUACGCAGAACUGGGCACCACCAUCAAAAAAUCGGGGGCCAGCUACGCCUACAUCUUGGAAGCCUUUGGGCAGCUGCCGGCCUUCAUCCGCCUGUGGACCUCUCUCCUCAUCAUUGAGCCCACCAGCCAGGCUGUCAUUGCCAUCACAUUCGCCAACUACCUGGUGCAACCCGUGUUCCCGUCCUGCGAGGCGCCUUACCUGGCAGGCCGACUCUUGGCUGCCGUCUGCAUCUGCCUCCUCACUUUUGUCAACUGCGCCUAUGUGAAAUGGGGCACGCGGGUGCAGGAUCUGUCCACCUACGCCAAGGUGCUGGCUCUCAUUGCUGUGAUCAUCGCCGGCGUGGUCCGCAUUGGGCAAGGACAUUCGCAGAACUUUGCCGACCCUUUCGAAGGAUCCUCCUGGCACACGGGGGACAUUGCACUUGCCCUGUACUCCGCCCUCUUCUCCUACUCGGGAUGGGACACCCUCAAUUUUGUCACCGAGGAAAUCAAGAACCCUGAAAGGAACCUUCCCCUCUCCAUAGGCAUCUCGAUGCCCAUCGUCACAGUGAUCUACAUCAUGACCAACGUGGCGUAUUACACAGUGCUGAGCAAGACAGAGAUAUUAACAAGCGACGCUGUGGCCGUGACCUUUGCCGAUCAAGUUUUUGGAGUUAUGAACUGGACGAUCCCACUUGCUGUCGCCCUGUCCUGCUUUGGGGGGCUGAACGCUUCCAUUUUAGCCGCUUCCAGGUUGUUUUUCGUUGGUUCCCGUGAGGGGCACUUACCUGAUGCCAUCUGCAUGAUCCACGUCGAGCGGUUCACGCCUGUGCCAGCGCUGCUUUUUAACGGAGCCAUGGCCCUGGUCUACCUCUGCGUAGAGGACAUCUUCAAGCUCAUCAAUUACUACAGUUUUAGCUACUGGUUCUUUGUGGGCCUGUCGAUCGCGGGGCAGCUGUACCUACGCUGGAAGGAGCCAUCAAGGGAACGUCCCCUCAAGCUCAGCAUCGUCUUCCCCAUCAUCUUCUGCCUCUGCACUGUCUUCCUGGUAGCCGUCCCCCUCUACAGCGACCCCAUAAACUCCGCCAUUGGCAUUGCCAUAGCAGCUUCUGGACUGCCCGUCUACUACCUGGUGGUGAGGGUGCCUGAGCAGAAGAGGCCGCACUUCUUGCGCCGGGCCGUGGCCUCCAUGACGCGGCUCAUCCAGCUCGUAUCCUUGUGUGUCCUGACGGAGAUGGAUCCCGACACAGAAGCGAAGGAUCAGUGAUGCGGACGCUGCCCAGGGGCAGUGGGGAGGCCGGCUUCUCCCCUCGCCUGCUCCUUCUGUAACAGACUCUUUGGUGACCUCUAAUUUAUUGUUUGCUACUUGGCCAGACCCAUUCGCGAGGAAGUCUUUGGGGACUCUGCCGGGACGGCUGUUGCAGGAGCCGAGAGACUCGCUCGCCUAUUUUUGUUCCUGUCUGUGAAACGUGGGAGUGUCGGUGUCCUCUUUUGCC